GAGUCUGCAGAGGAACUGGACUUAAUUCAGCAACAAGCACAAUUCAUUAACAGCAAUUUAGCUGCCUUUUUAGGACAACACAUCUCACCGAUUAUAAAGUAUUCUGCUGUAAGCUUUGCAGCUGAAACAUAAGAAGUACCUGUCAUAUUUAGCAACACAGGGUAAAUUCUCAGAAAGAGAAGUAGGUGGAUGAGGGAGCUGUAGUUUUAUUGAGGCAGAAAUUUGUCAGUUUCCCUGUAGGGGCGUGUUGAAGCAAAAUCAGGAGGUCAAGAAACCUGCAGAGUUCAAGUUACAGAGGGUGGAGAAGGAAGAAAAAUGAACAGAAUGGAGGGAUUUGGAAGCUAAAGAGGAAAAAGCAGGAAUGAGAUGAAAGUCUAGACGGUGAAAGUGCAGUGGGCUGUGGAGAGCCGGCAGAGCGGAGCGGCGGCAGGAGUGACUGUGGGCGGAGAGAGAGGAAGUGUGGUCGACAGGAGAGGAAUUUAAAGUCUCAUUGUUCUGGAAGAGCUGAAGAGAGGGAGAGCUGACGAAUAGAGGAGUCACAACGCCGACAGACAGACAGUGAGCAACAUGGACGUGAGCUCAGCCAUGGAGAAGAUGUCAGUGAAGCAGACUGCAGGAGGCUCGGCAGCGUGUCUUCUUUGUAAGCAGAGGUGUUCUGGACUCCAGCCACACUCUUGGAGGAAAGCCUGUAUCGCCUGUGGCUGCAGUACGGUCGACCAUGCUCCUGGAACUGACGCUGAAGAUGACCAGAGGAUGGGGCGCCUGCUCGCAGACUCACCCUGCACUCAUCUAACAGCAAAAAUCAAAGGAGGCGGUGGCCUUCGCAUGUACAAGAGGAACCGCAUGAUUGUGACCAAUCCUGUUGUGUCACGUAAAGACCCGACCUUCAACACCACGACAUACGACUGGGCACCGGCCGGUCUCAACCAGACACUGGCGAUGCAGUACAUGGAGCUCAUCCCAGAGAAACAACGUCCAGUUUCAGGGACAGAAGGAGCGUUGGAGAGACGCAGACAGCUCUUCACUCAGCUCCCUAUCUACGACGUCGACCCGAUGAAGUGUCAGAGCAUGAACAGUGAAGAAGAGAUUACCUCCAUGCUGCUUUUUGUGAAGCAGUACAAACAGGAAGUGCUCGGGGUCGGGGAAGUGGCUUUACCUGGCGAGGGCGGAGCUUUAAGGGAAGCAGUCAUUCAGAGGAUGGCGAAGGAGGCAAAGGAUCGCAGCAACAGUGACAAGAAGGAUGCUCAGCACGACUCUACUAAUAACAGCAAUGAACCUGCUGCUGGUCCCACCAACGGGACAGAUGGCAGCGCCAAGACUGAAUAUCGCUGCUCUGGUUGCCUUAAAGAGGUUUCUAAAGAGAGUCCAGCUGUUUAUGCUGAGCGUGCUGGGUACAAUAACGCCCUGUGGCAUCCCACCUGCUUCAAAUGUUCUGAGUGUGGCCUUGGAUUGGUUGAUUUGGUCUACUUCUGGUCCAGUCAGAAGUUAUUCUGUGGAAGACACUACUGUCAAACGGUCUGGCCACGAUGUUCAGGCUGUGAUGAGCUGAUCUUCUGUCAGUCUCUUCAUACGUCGCAGGACGGUCAGACGUGGCAUCAUGAACAUCACUGCUGCUGGAAGUGCGGGCAAACCCUGGAUUCCCCCUGUCAGCACUGAAACAAACACACAAUGUUAAAUCAGUUAACGGUUGGUUUAAGAGUGUUAGGAACCUCUCAAGAGCAGAAUUAAAAGCUGCUAAAGAUGCAGUCAGUCAGCUAAAACUGUGACACAACACAAAAAAAUGUUAACACGGGAAAUCCAGUGUCAAUAGUGAUUGAUAAGAUUGUUUUAUAUAAAACAAAUGAACCAAGUUUGAGAUAAAUAAUCCAAGUAAGUAGAGUUUGAAGUGUUUGGUGGACGGAGAGUAUUCAGAAUCAAUCUCUAGUUAUAUUGGUGUAUAGAAUACUUAAAAUGACACUGAAGCACUCAAAUAAUUUUUCAGUUUAGCUUCUGGUGUUUGGGAAAUGUUUCACUAAUGCAAAGUGUUUAAAGUACUCAUGAACAUUUUGAAUUUUUAGUACUUCAAGUUCUGACAGUGAGAGGAGCCAGAUGCUCUGUUUUCAAUCUGCACAGUUUCAGACACAAACAAAGAGGACGGAGGAGGACUGACAGAGAAGAAAUAAAAUAACACUACACAAAAAAAGAUGGCUGGAAAAAAUAGAUAAAUAAAAUCACUGACAAAAACAUGACAUUUAAAAUCAAAACAGCCUAACAAUAGGCUCCAGAGCUUUUAAUCAUUGAUUUAUUAAUUGAUUUAAAAUCAAAGAUGACUUUGUUAUUUGUAUCUGUUCAAUGUCUAAUUAUUGCAAAUAUCUAAUCAGCCAAUCACAGCCUUGUCUAAGUAAGCCUGCAAUUAAAGUAAAAAAUAUAAAAGAUUAAUCCUUACAAUGUGCUAAAACAGAGUUCAGUGAUUAAAGCCACCAUUCAUUUACAUUUUAGAGGCUAUAUGUGUUUAAAUGUGGUCUUUGUUUAAAUGUGGAGUUGUAACUCCCCAAAAUAAGUGAAAUCAUGUUUUAAUGCAGUGAGUUUUUAAAGAAAAAAAUUAGACUGAUAAAGUUGUCAGGUUAAAACUGUGCUGAGACAAUCUUUUGAUUUAAACUUCAUAAAACUGGACAGGCAGAGGCUGGAGCAGGCUAACAACUAAUUAUUUACUGCAGUGUUUCUCUGGGGUUUAUUUUGUUCUUUUUACAGUAGGUUUUGAGCAUACUAUCCAUUAACGAUAUGAGAUUAAUGUUCUGAUAAUGGAGUUGUCUUAUUUAUGUUCAUCUUAUCAUAAUUUCUAACUGUUCAGUGUUUUAACUCAAUCAACCUACAGGAUAACUUUGUGCAUUUAAUCUCUUUCAUGUACAUGAAUCAUUGCUGCUGAUAAAAUAUAUUAUUAAAUCAUAAUAAAGCUCUGCUUUUAAACACUC